UCGCGACGCCCCUACUGGGCCGGACCGCCCCCUUCACACCCCCAGAUGAAAAGACCUCCAUUGAGCAAGCAGGAAAUUCACAGGAGGUCCGCUCGGCUCAGAAAUACUAAAUAUAAGUCUGCUCCAGCUGCUGAAAAGAAAGUUUCCACCAAAGGAAAAGGGAGAAGACAUAUUUUUAAGUUAAAAAAUCCCAUCAAAGCUCCAGAGUCUGUUUCUACCAUAAUCACAGCAGAAUCCAUCUUCUACAAGGGAGUGUAUUACCAAAUUGGAGACGUUGUUUCCGUGAUUGAUGAACAAGAUGGCAAGCCCUACUACGCGCAGAUCCGGGGCUUCAUUCAGGACCAGUACUGUGAGAAGAGCGCUGCGCUCACCUGGCUCAUCCCCACUCUCUCCAGCCCCAGGGACCAGUUUGACCCCGCCUCAUACAUCAUAGGACCAGAGGAAGAUCUGCCCAGGAAGAUGGAAUACUUGGAAUUUGUCUGUCAUGCGCCUUCUGAAUAUUUCAAGUCGCGGUCAUCCCCAUUCCCCACCGUUCCCACCAGACCCGAGAAGGGCUAUAUAUGGACACAUGUUGGACCUACCCCUGCAAUAACGAUUAAGGAAACUGUUGCCAACCACGUGUAGCUUAAAGUGUAAAGCCGGGUUUCCAGUUGUCUUACCAGCUUGCUGGCACAUGGUUCCUUACUGAAACUCUUAGAUGGAAAAGCGACCUCAGAAAGGUGUUUGUGCUGCUGACCAGUCAUCCUGAGCUUGUUUGUUAAGAAUGAGUUGCCUGCAAAGCAAAUGGAGAAGAAAGAAAUACAUUUUGAAGUUAAAUGUUUCACCCACAUGUAUAUCUUCCCAAGCAAAGCCUGUCGUUUUUAGAGAAACGCAGGUAAUGUCCAUUUUUCUCCAUACCUACUCUCUAGAACCUGUUGUGACAUGGGUAGUGUUUUCACAAAAGCAAAAUGUUAAAAGUUUAGCUUUCUGAUUCUCAAUACUUGAACAUAGACUAUACGUCGGGCAAAGACAUCAAGUCAGCUUUGCACUUUAUUAGGACUGGAUUGUAAGUAGAAAAUGUAAUAUCUUAAGAAAAAGCUGUUUAACUUUGAUAGUACAUGCACACGCGCACGCACACACACUCACACAAGUUUAGCUUUCUCUCCAAGAACUUACAAUCAAAUAAACAAUCGUAUCAUAAAGUCAAAUAAGCCUUAGUUUCCUCACCUGGAAAAUGCUCUUACAGAAAAAAAAUCAUAUGCUGCUUUAACCUUAAAGAAAAUGAUUGGUAGAUGGUGUUGUGGGGUUAGGCUUUUAAAAUCUUCCCCUGAUUGUUCUGUAGCAAAUGUAUUUAGAGUGAUUCUGUGGCUCAGCUGUGCUUAGUCAAAAUAAGGCUUCCAAAUUAAUUGUGAGGUUCUACAGCACAGCACAAACCACCCGCUUUCUUAAAGCCACCCGGGGAACGAAGUGUCCAGACAUCCCACUCGAUGGUUUCUGGAACCACUGUUGGGCAACGGUCGCUAACUCCUUAGGACUGAUCUCUUUAGAGAAGCUCAUCUCCAAGUUGUCCACUGACCCUUAACAACAGCCCAUAAACAAUAUCUGAACGUAAAAGGUUUAGCGUACGUGGUAGGUGUAGCGAGUUGAGUGAGAACAGUCUAGAAAGUGGAGGGACUUGGAGGUUGCACACAUUGCCUCUUAUAAAUUUAACCAAUUUUUUUAACAUGAGGGACAUAGUUACCAUCUGAGCUGCUCUUGAUUUUGACCUGGCGCAGUUUGACUGUUCCCAUUUGUCGCACGAUUGGGGGUUGUGUGUUGGGAAGGAGCAACUGGACAUACGCCCCCCAUAACCUAUGUACGUGGAAACCAGAAACCCGUCAGAGUGGGACUGCGACACAGAGUUCGCUCGGGGUCUUGGAAGUAGGCCUGCAGGCUUUUCUUCCAGGAUUCCUCUGUGAGGCUCUACCUUCCAGCCUUUAGGUAAUGGCAGCAAAGCAUUAACUGUUGGCACCACCCAAAGGCUCCUCCUCCUCUGUAGUUACCUAUAUGUUCACAAAUGCUAGAUUGUAAAAGUGAUUGUAAAUACCAUUGUAAAUGACUUUUUAAAUGCUAAUGUUCAAAAGUUUGGGAUUAAAGUGUAUUUUUCACAAUGUA